AUGGCUAACGAGUCUGCCUUCUCCCGGGACGAUCUCCUUCAGCCGGGCGGAACCUUCAACGAGUCCACCUUCAGCAAUGUCUCCGUGGAGCUGCUGAGGAACCUCAUCCACUCGGUCCGGCACAGUACGGGCUCUCAGACCCUGACGGUCAGGGCAUUACUGAUCGGCGCUUACACACUCACCAUCACCGUCUCCCUAUUCGGAAACCUCCUGGUGUGCCAGGUAUUACUGAAGAACAAGAGAGUUAACACAGCAACUGGCCUCUUCAUCACCAACCUGGCCGUAGCAGACCUGAUGAUAACUCUGCUCAACACCCCCUUCACUCUGGUCCGGUUUGUGAACAGCACCUGGAUCUUUGGCAAGACUAUGUGCCACGUCAGUCGUUUCGCCCAGUACUGCUCGCUCCACGUCUCCGCGCUGACUCUGACCGCCAUCGCCCUGGACAGGUACCAGGCGAUUGUGCAUCCUCUGAAGCCUCGCAUGUCGGUUCCCCGGGGUAUCAUCUGCGUCGCUGGCAUCUGGGUCCUGGCCUCCUGCUUCUCGCUGCCUCACGCUAUUUACCAGAGGCUCUUCCGCUUUGUGUACAGGGAGACAACAGUCCGGAGCCUUUGCGUUCCCGCUUUCCCGCAGCCCUCCGACGUGGUCUGGAAGUACUUGGAUCUGGCCACCUUCGGCCUGCUGUACGCUCUGCCGCUGUUGGCCAUCACCGUGGCCUACACCGCGGUGGCCAAGAAGCUGUGGCUGAGGAACGCUGUCGGGGACAUCACCCUGGAGCAGUACGCUGCCCAGCGCCACAAGAAGAAGAAGACCAUUAAGAUGAUGAUGCUGGUGGUGGUGGUCUUUGCCGUCUGCUGGUCGCCCCUCAACUGCUACGUGGUACUCAUCUCCAGUCAGCUCAUCCAAAGCAGCAAUGCCCUGUAUUUCACCUUCCACUGGCUUGCCACCAGCAGUACCUGCUAUAACCCCUUCAUCUACUGUUGGCUCAACGACCGCUUUCGCUCCGAGUUGAGGGCGCUGGCCGGCCGGUGCUGUGGGCCGAGGAGCUCAGAAGCCAAGAUGGUGGCCCCCGUCUCCCACAGGGCAAUUCGGAGGGCCUGGCCAGAGGAUCGGUGCAGCUUUGACCCACGUCCUCCCGACGCACUGAUGGGAUCCAACCUGCCAGGCCCGUUGGGCAACAGCGGAGGUACCAAUCCAUCGAGCCCUCGCAAUCUGUGA